UCCGCGGUGGGGCCGGGGGCGGCGGCAGCGGCGGCGCGCGUCUCCUGCGGGAGGGACUUGAGCUGCGUCCCGGAAGUGGCGGGCACCCUGGGAGCGGUCGCCAGGCAGGGGUUUGAUUUCCUUUGCAUGCCCAUUUUCCACCCUCGCUACAAGAGGGAGUUUUUCCAGGAGCCAGCUAAAAACCGACCGGGACCCCAAACACGCUCUGACCUCUUGCUCUCGGGGAGAGACUGGAACACCCUGAUUGUGGGCAAACUGUCCCCAUGGAUCCGGGCAGACUCCAAUGUGGAAAAGGUUCGCAGGAAUUCUGAGGCGGCCAUGUUACAGGAGCUGAAUUUUGGGGCGUACUUGGGACUCCCAGCGUUCCUGCUGCCUCUGAAGCAGGCAGACAACCCCAACUUGGCCCGCGUUCUGUGUAACCACAUCAAUACUGGGCAUCACACUUCCAUGUUCUGGAUGCGGGUCCCGCUGCUGGCCCCUGAGGACUUGCGGGACGACAUUAUCGAGAACGAGGCAGUGCAGGAGAUAGAGGACGAGUCUGCAGGCGAGGAGAAGACCUGGCAGUGGUGGCACAAUUUCCGGACGCUGUGUGACUACAACAAGCGUGUUGCCGUGGCGCUGGAGGUGGGCCCCGACCUGCCGUCCAAUCACGUCAUUGACCGCUGGCUGGGGGAGCCAAUCAAAGCGGCCAUACUGCCCACCAGCAUCUUCCUGACCAAUAAGAAAGGCUUCCCUGUCCUCUCCAAGAUGCAUCAGCGCCUGGUCUUCCGCCUGCUGAAGCUUGAGGUGCAGUUCAUCAUCACAGGCUCCCACCACCAUCCGGAAAAGGAGUUCUGCUCCUACCUGCAGUACCUGGAGUACCUGAGCCAGAACCGCCCUCCUCCUUCUGCCUACGAGCUCUUUGCAAAGGGCUAUGAAGACUAUCUCCAGUCCCCGCUGCAGCCCCUGAUGGACAACCUGGAAUCCCAGACCUAUGAGGUGUUUGAGAAGGACCCUAUCAAGUACUCCCAGUACCAACAGGCGAUAUACAAGUGCCUCCUAGACCGUGUGCCUGAUGAGGAGAAAGAAACUAACGUUCAGGUGGUGAUGGUGCUAGGAGCAGGACGGGGCCCCCUUGUGAAUGCUUCCCUCCGCGCUGCGCGACAGGCCGACAGACACAUCAAGAUUUACGCUGUGGAGAAAAACCCCAAUGCUGUGGUGACGCUGGAGAGCUGGCAGUACGAGGAAUGGGGUUCCCAGGUGACGGUGGUCUCCUGCGACAUGCGGGAGUGGGAAGCCCCUGAGAAGGCUGACCUCAUGGUGUCGGAGUUGCUGGGGUCCUUUGCUGACAACGAGCUGUCCCCAGAGUGCCUGGAUGGGGCAGAGCACUGCCUGAAAGAAGGAGGGGUGAGCAUCCCGGGCGACUACACCUCCUUCCUGGGCCCAAUCUCGUCCUCGAAGCUCUACAACGAAGUGCGCGUCUGUCGCGAGAAAGACCGCGAUCCCGAGGCUCAGUUUGAAAUGCCUUACGUUGUCCGGCUUCACAACUUCCACCAGUUGGCACCCCCGCAGGCAUGCUUCUCCUUCAAGCACCCUAACCCAGACAGAGUCAAAGACAACAACCGCUACCAGACACUGGAGUUCCCUGUGGAUGUAAACACAGUGCUUCAUGGUUUCGCGGGCUACUUUGAGACCACUCUGUAUGGAGACAUCACUCUCAGUAUUCGGCCUGAGACUCACUCACCUGGCAUGUUUUCGUGGUUCCCUAUCUUCUUCCCUCUCAAGCAACCCAUGAACGUGCAGGCAGGUGAGCGCAUUCGCGUGGCCUUCUGGCGUUGCAGCAAUUCGAAGAAAGUGUGGUACGAGUGGGCCGUAGUCUCUCCCAUGUGCUCCGUCAUCCACAACCCCACAGGACGUUCCUACACCAUUGGACUAUGAAAGGAGUCAAGUCCAUUCCCCUUAACCAAGUUCUUCUUGCUGCCAGCCCUGAGACACAAGAAAUCCUCUUUCCACUCAGAGUAGAAUCAGAGACUGUUCAGAGGCCUGGAGGGGCUCCAACCUUGCUGCGGGUGUAGGUCCAGGAAAGGUCCACUCUUAACACCUGCCAUUGUUCCAUGUGUUGCUUUUGGUCUGUGAAAUUUCAAUAAAGUCAUUCAAAUGUG